AUGUACUUUCCUACCUCGGCGGCAAGGCAGUUGUUGACAGUUCCUGCCCUACCUGAUGUCACCCCCGAACCUGUGCUCUGCUUCGAAGCUAGCCCGCGCAAGACCCUCUUCUGCUUACUCACAAGGAGUUCUUUGACCGUUUGGCGCGUCCGACCUUCUGCUCCACUGGCCCACAUCUCGAGGUCAGAAACUUCUCUUACAGAACAUGGUGAUAAUACGGCGGUGACUUGGUCGCCAGACGGGAGUAGGAUUGUUGUUCAGACUGUGAUGUCGUAUUUGAUCCUGGUCACGGUCGAUUAUGUUCCAGAUGCGUCGGUGUACCGGUCAUCACACCUGGGUUCGAAUGUGCAGCGCAACUUCCUGCCGGGUCCAGGAGAGGGUAUACCACUACAAUCACUAAGCCUCUCACUGGAAGGUGUGAUAUGUACCGAGGGGCAGGUUCUCAGUGUUUCACCACGUAAAGACUAUAUCAUCUUUUCAACUACUUCUCCGCCUUCUGUACAACGCAUACCGUGGCCAGUAUACGACGACUCGGACAUUGAGGAGCAGGCAGCGCGCAGGUCGCUUAUGGGUCAUGACACUUGGAUUUUGAAUGACCUUGAGUUGCCUUGGCUGUUAGAUCCCGAUGUUACCGUCACGAAGAUUUUUCACUCGAUGUCAGGGGUGGAAGCCUGGAUCACUUCUGACGGGAGAGCAUAUUUUGUCCGUUUGCAAGAAAGUGGUUCAACAUCGAACCUACCUAACGGAACAUCAGCUGACGGUUCCAGCUCGCAGUCGCACUACCAUUGGGGCGGCACAUGUAUCCAUAACUUUGACGUGCCGCGUUGGGUGCAAAAGCAACGCAGUACUGAUGACGGCAGCGGUCGAUCGUCAUCAACCUAUGUUGAACCUCGUCGGGCGGUGGCAAUAGCUGUUAACUCGAGAUUUUCAUUCGUUGCAGUUGGCACUCAAAGGCUUGCACCUACACCCACUCCAAAAAUUGUCGAGAUACCAAACCCGUAUAACCGUUCGAGUGGUUCUGUGACUGCGAUGGAGUGGAGUUCAGAUGGAUAUGUGCUAGCUGUUGGGUGGACACAUGGCUGGGCAAUAUUCAGCGUGGGCGGGCGAUGUCUUGCAUCCAGUCUUGGUGUCGAAGAUCGCAUUGAUGGCGACAAGUUUCAAGAUACCUUCAUGCAUGCGGUCGAGAACCUUUUCUGGGCACCAGGAAACUUCGAGCUAAUUGUCCUAACUCCCUCUGGAACAAGUGAUGAGCAGGAUAACACUCGUUACGCGUUUCUGCAAAUGGAUGAUCGAGCGCUGGUGUACCGAGGCGCUGAGCAGCCUGAUAUGAGCAUCAUCAAUCCAGAGUCAGAUGUGUGGCAGCACAUCAAAAUACCUCAAUCAUACCUGGCAACGAAUUGGCCCAUCAGAUACUCGGCACUCAGCAGCGAUGGGCGACUGAUCGCCAUUGCCGGGAGACGAGGUCUGGUACAUUACAGCUCCACCUCCGGCAGAUGGAAAAUAUUCUCGAACGUCGCUCAAGAGCAGGUAUUUACAGUGAAAGGAGGACUUCUAUGGUUCCACCAUGUCCUGAUUGCUGCAGUGGAAAUUUCCAAGUCGUAUCAGAUACGGCUCUACUCCAGAGACAUGGAACUCAGCAACCAAAAUGUGCUUCACCGCGAAGUCCUAAUGUCCCCAGUAAUCAUCUUGUCGUUGGUUGACAAUUCACUAUUGGUCUAUACUGCCGACAACAUGCUCAACCACUAUUUGAUUGUACCAACUGCUGAUACUAUUAAGCUGCAUCUGUGCGGAAGUAUCACAUUUGACGGAAUCAUUGCCUCACCUAGCGCAGUGAGGGCAUUGAGCUGGAUGAUCCCGAAUACUCAAAAACGACUCGGCGACCCUGUGGAUGACCUCGCAGUUGCCACUGUACUAAUGGUGGUUGGUGGUCAGUUAGUAUUAUUGCGUCCCAGAACGUCUGGUACCGAGGAGGUGAAUUACGACAUGCAAAUUUUCGCAGAACGCAUCGAAUUUUGUUGGAUACAUCUCCGUGGUAUUGGUGCACUCGAGAACUCGCUCUGGGGUUACGAUGGACAAAACAUGCGAGUUUGGCUGAAUGCGCUUGCCAUUAAGUCGUCCGAAUCUACCGAUGAACCUUCAAGCGUCAAGGAAAGUGUGAGCAUACCAUUAGACUUCUACCCCUUGUCUGUUCUUAUGGACAAAGGAAUCAUCAUCGGCGUGGAGCAUGAGGCCGCAACGAGAAUGAACCUCUCAUUUGUAAUGUUCAGACAUGCCACGAGUUCCCAUCUUUUUCUGCAUCACGUCCUCCGUUAUCACUUGGAAUCAGGGCAAGUGAAGGAAGCAGUGACGCUUGCCAAACACUAUCAGCAUCUGGUCUUCUUCGCACACGCAUUAGAAAUACUGCUACAUACAGUCGUGGAGUCUGAGUGCACCGAAGACUCAGAAGAUCUUUCGACAAGCGUGUCGCCUGAGUCUGGUACACUCGCGGCAGUGAUACAGUUUCUUGAUCACUUCGAUGCCUCCUUAGACGUCGUCGUCGGAUGCGCUCGGAAAACUGAAAUGACUAGAUGGAAGCGUCUCUUUAGCAUUGUCGGAAACCCACACGCACUCUUUGAGACGUGUUUAGCGUUCAAACGGCUGAAGACAGCAGGUUCAUAUUUAUUGGUGCUGCAUAAUCUCGAGCAGCUCGAUGAAAAUAAUAAGGAUGCCGUCCGCUUGCUGAACUGUGCUGUGAAAGCGCAGGAUUGGCAACUAUGCCGGGAACUUUUACGCUUCUUGCAUUCAAUCGAUGACACUGGAAAGGCACUCAGGCAUGCCUUGUCGGAGACAUCUCUUGUGGUCCAGAAAGGCAUCAUGGUACCUUAG